CUGGUAAAUAUAGAGACACUAUCAUAUGAGGGCUUUUUUCCAUUCUGCAUGACCCACAACUGCUGAGCCUCGGCUGGGCUCCCCUGGAAUGUCACAAAAAUCCCGCAGCUGAAGCAGCCUGAGGGUCUCAGCAGGAGGCACUGGGAGACAGGAACGCCACUGCAAGCUGCAGAGAGAGGUUGAGGAUGUUUGGGACCCGUGUGGUGGAAGCGGCCAUGUCGCGAGUAACUCCCGCGCACGCCUUCCCAGCGAGCUUCCCUCUGCUGAGCCUCUUCCUGCUGCUGCUCCUCCAUGCAGAGGGCUCACGUGCGGAGAGCCCCAGUGAACUGCCCGCCAACGACACUGAGGAGUGCGCUGGCUCCUACAUCUGCAAGAAGGGCGUGAUUUUACCAAUAUGGGAACCCCAGGACCCCUCGUUUGGGGACAAAAUCGCUCGGGCAACGGUGUAUUUUGUAGCCAUGGUGUACAUGUUCCUGGGAGUGUCCAUCAUAGCCGACCGCUUCAUGUCCUCCAUCGAAGUCAUUACAUCCCAAGAGCGGGAAAUAACCAUCAAGAAGCCCAACGGCGAGACCAGCAAAACCACCGUGAGGAUCUGGAACGAGACCGUUUCCAACCUCACGCUGAUGGCCUUGGGCUCCUCUGCUCCCGAGAUCCUCCUCUCCGUUAUCGAGGUGUGCGGCCAUGGCUUCACGGCGGGGGACCUGGGGCCGAGCACGAUCGUGGGGAGUGCUGCCUUCAACAUGUUUGUCAUCAUCGCAAUCUGUGUGUACGUGGUGCCAGAUGGAGAGAUAAGGAAGAUCAAACACUUGCGAGUGUUUUUUGUUACAGCGGCCUGGAGCAUCUUUGCCUACACUUGGCUUUACAUUAUUUUAUCUGUGUCUUCUCCUGGGAUUGUGGAGGUUUGGGAAGGCUUGCUCACCUUCUUCUUCUUCCCCAUCUGUGUGGUGUUUGCCUGGAUAGCUGACAGGAGGCUUUUAUUUUACAAGUACGUCUACAAGAAAUACCGAGCCGGCAAGCAGAGAGGCAUGAUCAUUGAGCACGAGGGUGACCGGCCCUCCUCCAAGGCCGACAUCGAGAUGGACGGAAAGGUUGCUAAUUCUCACGUGGAGAACUUUUUGGAUGGGACACUGGUGUUGGAGGUGGACGAGAAAGACCAGGAUGAUGAGGAAGCCAGGAGGGAAAUGGCUCGGAUCCUGAAGGAGCUGAAACAAAAGCACCCAGACAAGGAAAUUGAGCAGCUCAUAGAGCUGGCCAACUACCAGGUCCUGAGCCAGCAGCAGAAGAGCAGGGCCUUCUACCGCAUCCAGGCCACCCGGCUCAUGACCGGCGCCGGCAACAUCCUGAAAAGACACGCCGCAGAUCAGGCGCGCAAAGCCGUCAGCAUGCACGAGGUCAACAGCGAGGUGACCGAAAACGAUCCCAUCAGCAAGCUCUACUUCGAGCAGGGCACCUACCAGUGCCUGGAGAACUGCGGCACUGUGGCCCUGACCAUCGUCCGCCGCGGAGGAGACCUGACCAACACGGUGUACGUCGACUUCCGGACGGAGGACGGCACGGCCAACGCCGGCUCUGACUACGAGUUCACUGAGGGAACGGUGGUCUUCAAGCCCGGAGAGACCCAGAAGGAAAUCCGUGUUGGCAUCAUCGACGAUGACAUAUUUGAGGAGGAUGAGAACUUCCUGGUCCAUCUCAGUAACGUCCGUGUGAGCACCGAGGCCUCAGAUGAGGGCGUUCUUGAGGCCAGCCGUGUCUCAACACUCGCCUGCUUGGGAUCACCGUCUACUGCCACCGUCACCAUUUUUGACGACGACCACGCCGGCAUCUUCACCUUCGAGGAGCCAGUAAUGCACAUCAGUGAAAGUGUAGGAACCAUGGAAGUGAAAGUGUUGAGAACCUCUGGAGCACGAGGAAAUGUUAUUGUGCCCUACAAAACCAUUGAAGGCACGGCCAAAGGUGGAGGGGAGGACUUUGAAGACACCUGCGGGGAGCUGGAGUUCCAGAAUGAUGAGAUAGUGAAAUUCAUUACCCUUAGAGUGCUUGACCGUGAGGAGUAUGAGAAAGAGUGCAGUUUCUUCCUUGUGCUUGGGGACCCGGUGUGGCUACGACGAGGAGUGAAAGGUGGCUUCACCAUCACAGAGGAGAAUGAGGAAAAGCAGCCCCUGACCAGCAAGGAGGAGGAAGAGCGUCGGAUCGCAGAGAUGGGGCGCCCAGUCCUGGGGGAGCACACCAAACUCGAGAUCAUCAUUGAGGAAUCCUAUGAGUUCAAGAACACGGUGGACAAGCUCAUUAAGAAGACGAACCUGGCCCUGGUGGUUGGCACAAACAGCUGGAGGGAGCAGUUCAUCGAGGCCAUUACUGUCAGCGCGGGGGAAGAUGACGAUGACGAUGAAUGUGGGGAGGAGAAGCUGCCCUCCUGCUUUGACUACGUGAUGCACUUUCUGACCGUCUUCUGGAAGGUCCUUUUUGCCUUCGUGCCCCCGACAGACUACUGGAAUGGCUGGGCUUGCUUCGUUGUCUCCAUCCUCAUGAUUGGCCUCCUGACAGCUUUCAUUGGCGACCUGGCAUCCCACUUUGGCUGCACCAUUGGCCUGAAGGACUCCGUCACUGCCGUCGUGUUCGUCGCCCUGGGGACAUCGGUGCCAGACACAUUUGCCAGCAAAGUAGCAGCAACGCAGGACCAGUACGCAGACGCCUCCAUCGGGAACGUCACCGGGAGCAAUGCUGUGAACGUUUUCCUGGGCAUUGGAGUGGCCUGGUCCAUCGCAGCCAUCUACCACGCGGCGCACGGACAAGCCUUCCAAGUCUCCCCUGGCACUCUGGCCUUCUCCGUCACCCUCUUCACCAUUUUUGCUUUUAUCAGUGUGGGAGUGCUGCUCUACCGGCGGAGACCCGAGAUUGGAGGUGAGCUGGGCGGGCCGCGGACUUCCAAGCUGCUCACAUCCUCACUCUUUAUCCUCCUCUGGCUCUUGUACAUAUUCUUCUCAUCUCUGGAAGCCUACUGCCACAUAAAGGGCUUCUAAAGGGACAAUCAGAGAUAGUAAAUAUGUGUAUAUCUAUAUAUAUCUAUAUAGAGUGAUAUAUAGGUAUAGCUAUAGAUAUAAAGCUGUGUAUAAUGAACAGAGAAAGAAUAAAAGAGAUUUGCCAUGUUCACACACCUGCUGAUGGAAAGCGGCUUUGGAGCAUCCUUUGAACUAGGCAGGACCCCAAAGCCAGCAGGACCCCUCCCCAGGCAGCGGCCCCAGCCAGGAGCCAGGGGCAGGGCCCUUUCUGCAACUCGACCAACAGGAGAGGCCGAUGGCCACCGAGCCCCUUCCCAUCGCUGACUCCCACCCGCUGGCCCCGGGAAGACGGAUGAGAAGGCGACUGGGGCGCGUCGGUGUAAGGAAGGCCAGAGUAGCUGGUGAGAAACAGAGCAGUGGGCAAGGGAAGGAGAGGAGAGCAAGGGUUCUGAUCUCCCACCACAUCCAGCUGCCUUCGCCAUCCGGGAGCAGGCCCUCUGGCCCUGUUGGAGAGGAGCGAGAGACCGAACUGAAGACAAGGGGAAACUGGGAGCUUUCUAAGGAUAGAACACAAACCGUUUUCGUCAUUGAUUUGGGGUUGGUUUUUUUGUUUCGUUUUGGCGUGUGUACAACUAGCAUUUCCCACCCACAUGCCCCUCGCCUUUCCCUGUCCAUGCUUUGGGGGUGCACAGCCACAGCCUCGUGUCCCGUGUCCCAAGCCGAGGCCGCGCAGAGCGGCGGGAGCCUUCCUCCCACUCCUCCGCCUCCUCGGGCAUGCUGUCGUGGUACUUGUAACAUUUGCAUGAAUGAAAUGAAAUCUAUCUGUAUAUAGCAUCCUAUAGCGAUAGUCCUUCCAGCCAUGUGGGUUGAGCAUUGCAGAUUGCAAGCGUUUUCUUUUCACUGGGUUUUAUUUAUUUUUAGUUAGCUCGGUUUUGCCAUAGGGUUUUGCUCGUUUGUUUGUUUGUUUCCUCUUAGCGGGGGUGGGAAGGAUGGAAAGCUGUCCCCACUCACUGCUCAUGGCACGGGUCCAUGAGAAGCAAUAACAGCCAUGCAGUUGUAGGUUUUCAGGGCAGGAAAACCCACACCCCAGAGAGUUCAGGCUCUGUCCAGCUGCGUGGAUGGGGUCCUCUGACGUGCUGAAGCCAGUGUGAGGCCUCCUCUGCCCACAGGAGGUGUUACUCAGGCUCCCAGGGAAUGGGGUGAGCAGUCUGAUGGGAACAAGCCUGGCUGACUCCCAGCACCUCACAUGCUUCUGCCUUUCGAGUCGGUGGCUGCCUCAAAGCCCUUGGCCCCCCCGCUAUUGCCCAGAGCCCCAGAGUAGUAGUGACAGCCCCUGUUUCUGAGUGUUAAGCCAUCAGGACCAGUCCCCAAAGCUGGUCCUUCCCCACAGCCAUUUGGAGGCAGGGCUGAAGGGCCGGAUGAGAUCUCCCACUCCACGGAGCGUGACCGGGACGCAUCCCCCCAGGGAAAGGUCGUGUUUUGCACUCUCCAAAUCCGAAGUCACUGGACAGGAUGAGACAGGGAGGUGUGACUCAGCAUCACCCCCCUGGUGCCAGGAGUGCAGGCUGGGAUGGAGAGCUGAGCCAGGGAAAUGUGGGUGUAGAGCUCCCCAGGGCGCAGCACGGGGCAGACACUGGGCACUGGUGUUGAGAGAGGUCUCCUGAGCCGCUGCCCUUUGCCAGGCUUCCUGACAUUCCAGCCAGGCAAACUCCCAGCCUGCAUGUCCAUGGUGAGCUCUUCCCACUCAGCUGAAAACCAUGUCUGAUGCUUGUACCAUAACCAGCUGGCUGGGAGUAUUUGUACUCAUCUUGAACUAUCUGUGGAAAUUUUAAUUAACCUGCUGUAAGAUUUUCUCUAGGAAUAUGAAGUUGUGGGUUGUUUUUUUUUUUUUUCUUCUUGAGCCUUUUUACACUUCUGAUUUGUUUCGGGGUUUUUCUUUUUUGUUUCUCAUUGUUUUGGGGGAAAAAUCAAACACAGGUGCAGAUUGUUCAGGUUUAUGAUUACCAUUAUGUACAAUGAUUUCAUUUUCGUCUGUUUGGCUUCAUUUUUUCUUUGUGUGUAUUGCCCACCACUAUAGGCAGUGAGUCCACUAAUUGUGAUGAUCCUUAUCAAUGGUACACAAUGCACAGAGAAAUAAAGUUUGUAAUGAUUCCUGAUGGA